AUGGAGCCAGAGUGCGACAAACUCAUGAUGGAGUCUAUCAACAAGAACUUUGUUGAUAUGGACGAAUACCGUGUCACCACCGAGCUACAUAAUCGAUGCGUCAAUAUCAUCGCGCGUCUCUUAAACGCGCCGCUCGGUGUAGACGAGGCCGGGGUUGGAGUCGGGACCGUGGGGUCGUCGGAGGCGAUUAUGUUGGCCAGAUUGGCUUGUAAGAGACUAUGGCAGAAGAAGCGUAAGGCUCAAGGUCAUCCUUACGAUAAACCCAAUAUCAUAACCGGAGCUAAUGUUCAGGUUUGCUGGGAGAAAUUUGCAAAUUAUUUCGAGGUGGAGCUCAAGGAAGUGAAACUAAGAGAAGGUUAUUACGUAAUGGACCCUGAAAAAGCGGUUGAGAUGGUAGACGAAAACACAAUAUGCGUGGCUGCAAUCCUCGGUUCGACGCUAACCGGAGAAUUCGAAGACGUUAAGCUCCUUAACGACCUCUUAGUCGAGAAGAACAAGCAAACCGGCGAGUGGUGGGUUUAUUGCACCAUUCUUGUAUUCGAGGUGGAGCUAGAGUGGGAUUUCCGGUUACCUUUGGUUAAGAGCAUAAAUGUGAGUGGUCACAAAUACGGUUUGGUUUACGCCGGUAUAGGUUGGAAUAUCUGGAGAACCAGAUCCGAUUUGCCUGAUGAAGUUAUCUUCCAUAUCAAUUAUCUUGGUGCCGUUCAACCCACCUUCACCCUCAACUUCUCCAAAGUGGCGUUCUCACUUAAAGACAGUAGUCGUUACAACGAGUACAAAGUGGCGGAAACUCUCCGCCGCUUUGACUGGAUCGUUCCGGCUUAUACAAUGCCUGCGGAUGCGGAACACGUCACCGUCCUCCGCGUAGUGAUCCGACAAGAUUUUUCUCGAACCUUAGCAGAGAGAUUGGUCUCAGACUUUGAGAAAGUUCUUCACGAGCUCGAUAAUCAAGGAUUAAUGCCAUAA